AUGGCACCUCAAAAGCGAUCAAGACGAGAUGAGGAUGACGAGGUCAUCGCGGUCGAGAGUGCCAGCUCCGGCUUGCGACAAGAUGCCGGACAUAAAAGAGCGCGGAUUUCAACCGACCAGCCCCCCUCGAAAUCUCGAAGUUCCCGCGACCGCAGCUCUUCUAUUUCCUCCAGUGAUGAGGAGGAUGACGAGUCCUCAGAAGCCGAGGGGGGCGACGAUCCGGCACUGCCUCCUAGUACUCAGUACGAAACCAUACGAGACAAUGGCUUCAAACAUCUAGAGAAUCCAGACUUGGACGAUCAGCGCGCUACACAGAGGUUUCUGGCGAGGAGAGGUCAGAUUGGAGACAACCACGCUGCUGAUAAUGCCAUCAUAGAAGAGAUUACCUGCAUUAACUUCAUGUGUCACGACAAACUCCACGUCAAGUUAGGGCCACUGAUAAAUUUCGUUGUUGGCAUGAACGGAAGCGGCAAAAGCGCUGUCCUCACAGCAGUUACAUUAUGCUUGGGGGGCAAGGCUAGCGCUACCAACAGAGGGGCAAGUUUGAAGAGCUUGAUUAAGGGAGGCACCGAUCAGGCAAUUCUGAUUGUCAAGCUGAAAAAUGAGGGCAACGACGCAUACCAGCCAGACGUAUAUGGAAAAUCGAUCAUCGUCGAGCGUCAUUUUUCGAGGGGAGGAAGUAGUGGAUAUCGGUUGAAGAAUGCGAUGGGUCGGACCAUUUCUACAAAAAAAGGCGACGUUGACGACAUAAUUGAGUACUACCAACUACAAGUUGAUAAUCCGAUGAACGUCCUCACGCAAGAUGCCGCCAAGUCUUUCAUUCAAAAUUCAACCCCUUCCCAAAAGUAUAAGUUCUUUGUUGAAGGUGUUCAACUCCAACAACUGGAUAAUGACUACAAACUUGUAUCGGACACAUGCGAUCAAAUCGAGGAGAAGCUCAAGGAUGGGAAGAGGGAUAUCAAAGCCCUACAGAAAAAGGCCGAAGCUGCAAGAGAGAAGGCGGAAUUUGUUCAGCAACAUGAAGGCAUGAGGCAGGCUUUCCGGAGGAUGGGUAACCAAUUAGCUUGGGCACAGGUAGAAGAAGUAGAGGCACAACUUGCUGAACGAGAGGGCGCUGUUGCGCGAGCGCAGAGUGAAAUUGAACAAGCAGAAAGAGUUGCAGCCGACAAGGAUAUUCUAUUUCAGCGUACCAACGAAGCUUUGGAGCGCGCCCAGGAGUCCGAAAAGCGGCUUGAAGAAGAGGCCGCCCCGUUAAACGACGAAGAAGAGGCGGCCAAAGCAGCUAACGAUGCAGCUGCGGCCGAGGUUCAGUCAGCCCACGUUCAGCAGCGCCAAAUUCAGAUGUUGCUGAAAGAGGCCAAGAAGAAAGCUGCUUCAUACGAGAGCGACAUUGCCGAAGAGAAGCAGCGCAUGGAAGAUGUCAAUGGAGGAGCCCAUAAUCGGAAGCUUGCGGAAAUUGAAGCAGCUCAACGAGAUGUCUCAGAGGCCAGGGCAUCUCUUGAUGACAACGUGACAAAAACCCCAGGGCUCGAAGAAAACUGCAGAGCUGCUGAAGAGGAGCUGAAGAGACUAGGAGAUCCCCUAGGUGCAAAGCGGAGAGAGAUUGACGAGUGUCGGAAACGACUUGAUGCCUUGAACUCUGAUCGAGGGAACGUUAUGGCAGGAUAUGAUGCGAAGAUGCCACGUCUGAUCCAAACGAUUCGGAAUGAUGGAGGGUUUCGAGAAAUGCCAAUCGGCCCCAUAGGCUUGCAUACCAAGUUAUUGAAACCUACGUGGUCAGCAAUACUAGAAUCGACUCUCGGUAAUGUGUUGAACGGGUUUGUCGUGACCAGCAAGGCGGAUCAGAUGCGACUCUCGGACAUUAUGCGGCGACUGAACGUCAAUCAUUUUUGCCCAAUCCUGAUUGGGAACAAGCAUCCAAUCAAUACAGCUGGACACGAGCCUGACCCUCAGUAUGAUACAAUAUUGAGGGUAUUGGACAUCGACGAUGAACUUGUAAAGAACCAGCUUAUCAUCAACCAAGCCAUUGAGCAGUCCAUCUUGAUCCAAAAACGAGACGAUGCUUGGAAAGUAAUGUACUCAGGCCCUAAGCCAAAGAAUGUCCGGCAAUGUUUCACCAAGCAUGACACCAGAAGAGACGCCGGUCACCGGUUUGGGUACACAGGACUGCGUCAUGAUGACCCUGAUAUAACCCCUGUCAAAAUUAACCCUCGUCAAGCCCCAAGGAUGAAAACAGACGUCGAGAGCCAGGUCGGUAUUCAGAGGGAGGCACUUGCUCAGCUGGAGCGCGAACUGAAUGAUCUAGAAAGCCAACGACGGGUUCUUCAACAGAAGUUGAAUAGAUGUCAGCAAGAACUCACUCAGCACAGGCGUACUCAUGGACAACUAAAGCUCCAACUUCAAAGAGCAGAGGACCUUGUGGAACGUCUGCAGGCGGAGUACGAUCAGGUUAAUGUUGAGGAUGGUCGUCUUGACGCUCUCAAGGUGCAAUUGGCAGAAGCACAGCAAGAUGUGACAAUGUAUGAGGAAACCUACGGAAGUCAGGCUUUGGAAAAAGACAAACUCAACAAAGUGUCAGCGGUCAAGAAGCGGGAGCUUGAUGCCGUGAAGAUACGUGUAGCCGAGCAUGCAGCGAUGAUCCAAAAGGCACAGAUAAAAGUCAGAAACACACAACAAGCUCGACAGAUCGCUCUCACGGAAAAAAAUAUUGCCUUUGAUGCAAUCGAAAGACUUCGGGCUAAUAAGAUGGUUGCGGAACGCAAACGGGACCAAGUAGCUGCGCAAGUCGAGCAGUUUGUCGCCCAAGCAACUGAAGUAUGCCCGAGAAUACCAGUCGACGAGGGAGAAACUGCUGCUAGCCUCGAGGCGAAAUGUAUAAAGCUCAAGGCUACCCUCAAAGCGUACAACAGGAAGCAAGGUGGCACUGACGAGGAGAUUAACAAUGCAUACCAUGAAGCAAAAAGGGCCUAUGAAACAGCCAAAGCGCACUUAAACGACAUGACAGAGCUGUCGGCGCUCCUUAAAAAAUCCUUCAUGGACCGAAUGGAGAUGUAUCGACGAUUCCAAAAGUUCAUCUCCGCUAGAUCCCGUAUCAAUUUCAACUACCUGCUUAGCGAGCGAGCGUUCAGGGGAAAGCUUCUGAUCGACCACAUAAAUAAGAAGCUUGAUGUUCACGUGGAACCUGAUGAGACAACAAAAAGUAGCAAAGGCCGGGCAACCAAGACGCUCUCUGGAGGCGAGAAAUCCUUCUCGUCAAUCUGCCUACUUCUAGCUCUUUGGGAAGCCAUGGGUGCACCACUGAGGUGCUUGGAUGAAUUUGAUGUCUUCAUGGACGACGUAAACCGAGAUGUUAGCACCAGAAUGAUUAUCAGUGCAGCCAGACGCUCUGUGGGUCGGCAAUUCAUCCUCAUCACUCCAAAAGCUCUUGGGGCGGGUGUCGAGAUUGGCGAAGAUGUGCGGAUUCACAAAUUAGGUGAUCCACGGGAGAGGGGCCAAAGAAGUAUUGAUGAGAUGAUAGAAGAUUAG